AUGCAUCGCCUACAGGUAGAUUUCGUGGUGCACGUCAAGGCCUGCGCUCUCUACAGUGACGAGACCACACAGGGCUCAAAGCUGAGCUUCACCAGUGCUGAGGUCUUUGAUGGCAGGGGUUCGCGCUACGGUCCGGUGGCCCCUCUGAAGUCAUUGGAGGAUGCAUUGCGUCUGAAGCGCCCAUUCGCUGUGGUGGCCAAGCCUUGCGACAUCAAUGCAGUCCGAAAUUAUGCAAAGGUGGAUCCCCGAGUGGAUGAACUCUGCAAGUGUCUGAUGACAGUUUCUUGUGGCACCUACGCUGAUAACGUCUGUGUGGACAAAUUUCUGAAACAGCACGAGGUUGAGCAUUCAGAAGUGGAGGACCCUGGAUGUUUCAUCACGCCAAGGGUUUCAUUUUUUAAUAAGAAAAUUGAUAAAGUAGAUAUUUGUACAUGUCAUAUUAUAUAUAUAGAGAGAGAGAGAGAAAGAUCUUUUUCUGGAAAGGGCUGCUCUGCACUUCUCCUUAUGAAGUAA